UUUCCCCCCGCCGGUCGUCCCCGCCUGCUGGUCUGCCAUGACAUGAUGGGUGGCUACCUGGCGGACAGGCUGGUGCAGGGGGCGGCGGACCCGGGGUUCUUCAGGUUGUGGCAUUGGGACCAAAUCGACAUCUUCAUCUACUUCUCCCACCAUCUGAUCACAUUGCCGCCCCCCGGGUGGAUCACUGCGGCCCACAGAAACGGAGUGAGGGUCCUGGGUACCUUCAUCACGGAGGCCUGGGAGGACGGUCGGUCCCGCUGCGAGGCCCUGAUCGGCAGCAGCCCCGCAGCGGCCCGCGACACGGCGGAGCGGCUGGUGGCGCUGGCGGCAUUCCACGGCUUUGACGGCUGGCUGGUCAACAUAGAGAACGGUGUACGGUGGCAGACAGUGCCGUACAUGGUCACCUUUGUGGGCCACCUGAGGGCGAGGAUGGUGGAGGUGGUGGGGCCGCAUGCACUGGUGGUGUACGACGCCGUGACGACGGAGGGGCGGCUAGCCUGGCAGAACGGCCUCACCCGCCUCAACGCGCCCUUCCUGGACGUGGCGGAUGCGCUGUUUGUCAACUACACGUGGAGGGAGGGGGCGCCGGAGCAGGCGGCGGCGGCGGCGGGGGGCCGCGCGGCGGACGUGUUCAUGGGUGUGGACGUCUUUGGGCGGGGCUCUUACGGCGGCGGCAAGGACAACUGCUCGGUGGCCCUGUCCGCUGCCCGGUCUGCCGGGGUGUCCGUGGCGCUGUUCGCCCCGGGCUGGGUGUAUGAGGAGUUCCCCCGGGACACGUUCCCGCGGCGUCAGGAGGAGUUCUGGGGCCGGGUGAGUCGUUUGUGUGUCGGCAGGGCUGGGGUGGGAUGGAGGUUCUGGUGGAGGUGCUGGUGGAGGUGCUGGUGCAGGUGCAGGUGGUAG